GAACAGAGCAGUCUGUAGAUGAAGCAAUAAUCAAUUUUGUACUGAGUUUGUUGGAUGGUUGAUUUCCCUGGUGUGAGAGAGAGAGAGGGAGAGAUCAGAGAUGGCGCGGGCAGGUGGGAUAACAAACGCAGUGAACGUAGGGAUAGCGGUCCAAGCCGAUUGGGAAAAUCGCGAGUUCAUCUCCCACAUUUCUCUCAACGUCCGCCGCCUCUUCGAUUUCCUUGUCCAAUUCGAGGCCACGACAAAGAGCAAAUUGGCGUCAUUAAACGAGAAGCUUGAUGUAUUGGAACGUAAACUAGAACUUCUUGAAGUUCAAGUGGGUACUGCAUCAGCCAACCCUUCACUUUUUGCUCGUGAUGCUUAGCAGAUCAUGCCAUUGUCAUAGACUAUAGCAUACACGGGUUUCCUAUCCGUGGCAACAAAACAAAUCAUUCACAAAGGACGGGUGAAAAGCAUUCACUAUCUUGGCUCUGGAGGAGCCAUUUGUGACAAAAUAGAUGACGGUUCUGAAGGAGUGGGUGGCGGAAUCCUUCUCUCCAUCACCAUG